ACUAACAGUAUCAUUAGUGGUGUUUUUCUCUAAAUAUUUAUAAUCAUUAAAUGGUUCAAAAUUUGAAACCGAAUAAUAUCAUAUCAUAUAUAUAUUUUAUACGUGACAUUGUGACACGCCAGAAAAGGGGAGUUUUAAAAAAAAAAUUAUUAUAUAAAAUAUAUGCGUGAAUAAUAGAAUCAUCUUUUCUUCCAAUUAAAAUAAUAUAUAAUAUAUAAAAAUAAGGUAUAACAAGUGUUAGAAAUUUACAGAUCAUGAUACCAUUAUACGUGAAUAAUGGUGUUGCAUAUGUUUGGAAUUCAAAAGACUGGCAUACUCUUCGAGCAACUCAUAGGAUAUGUGGUACAUUGAUUGGUACUAUUGUUUCAUAUCCUCGUCAAAAUGAGUUCCAAGGGUUACCAAUGGCUUUGAUGCCUGAAGAAGCAGCAUUACUAGUUGAAAAAGGGGUAUGUGAGUUAAUUGAACUGCCUAAAAUAAAUGAAGAUCUUUCAGAAGAAGUAAAACAAAAAAUACAAGAAAUGGAUCAGAAGGUAAUAAAUGAGCAAUCACAGGCAUGGCAGAAACGGAAAAUUGAACAAUUGUCACAAAAGAUUGACAUAAUUGUUGCUGGAAAAAAAAAGAAAAUGAUGUCUAAAGGAAUAUUUAAUAUAAAUCUUGAUAAAGAUACAUUAUUGCAAGAAGAAUUGAGUAAAUUACCAAAAGCAACUCCUGCGAAUGCAUUGAUUCAUCUACCUAUAGAACACUUUAUAGAUACAGAAAACAUUAAACUGAAAAUAGAUGUUUUAAGACCCUCUAUAAUGUCUGGAGAUGGAGCGACACGCUAUACUAUUUUCAAAGAUUUAUGGCAAAGAGGUUACUAUGUAACAAGUGGGUCAAAGUUUGGAGCUGAUUUUCUUAUAUACCGAGGUGAUCCAGUAAAAUUUCAUGGUAUGUAUAUGUUGAAAUGUGUAAGCAAUAUUGCAGAAUGUUUUCGACCUGCAAACAUAGUGACAUUUGGAAGAUUGUCUGUGGCUGUCAAUAAACUCGCACUGUAUGGAUUUUGCAACAAUUAUGGAAAAAUUGAAUAUCAAACAAUACAAUGGCAUGAUAGUUUGAAUGGUUGAGUUUGUAUAGUUAUAUUAAUUACACUUUUUUUAAUUAAAAAUUUAUAUUUUGUUUAA